AUGAGAACCUCUUGGCCUAGCCAAUCUCGAGCACCCGCGGCGCUGAUCAUUAAUCUGAGUGUCUUUUGUCUUCUAAUCACCGGGAAUGUCCCUGAUUGGUCCUUCUACGCCACCGAAUUGACGAACCUGCUAUCCUCUUCAUCAGAUAGCCGUUUGAUAGCUUCUGUUAUCUUCAAAGUCUGGCCUACAAAACCAGGAAUUUUCGUCCUUGCACCCUCAGUUCCAACGAAUUAUCAGAACAAUGCAGACCAAGCUGAUCCUCCUGUAGCCUGCUCCGCGUACAGAACCAGGCCUAAAACUGAAACUUCAACUCAAGAUCCUUCAACGGAACCUCCAGCUUCUCAAGAUGUUCCAAGCCUAGGCGACGGCGGGCUUGAUAACUUCAACAACUCUGACACCAGACCGAUGCUGUCCUAUAGUAUGCUUAUGCAGCUAUACAGACGGAAUUAUGAUGAAGCUCAAAAAAAUAUCUCACAAUGA